AUGUGGGUACGAGGCAUCCACCAACCACUCACUCAGGAGAACCUAGUGUUCUUCCGGUUUACAAGAGUGACCUUUGAAUUGAACUGCUCUCCCUUUCUGCUUGCCGGAACCAUAGUGCAUCACCUAAGAACGCAUGUCGAGGACCAGUUUGCCAAGGAAAUCGAAAACAACACAUAUGUGGACAAUCUCAUCGUAACCAAAAGAUCAUCAGACGAAGGGUUGCGGUUUUGCAACGAUUCGAAUGUCGUUUUCAAGGAGCUCAGUAUGAACCUUCGCGAAUUUCAAUCCAAUGAUAAGCAGUUGAAGAAACGAAUCACGUCCGCCGACCUAACUGGGAAUGAUAACCCGAAAGUCCUUGGAAUACUAUGGAACACUGAAAAAGAUGAACUAGUGCUUUCGUGCAACUACCCUCCGAAAGCUCGACACGCCAACAAAGCUUGUGCUGUUCUCAGACGCUAG